AUGUUUCCACAGCCUCUGGCUGGAGUAGAAAUAAAAUGGUUCAAUAAACUCCCUGCACAGUCUAUCGGUACUUACCAUGAAUUGGUUGGAGAAUUCUGCUCCCACUACAAGUACAACAGACGCGAUCGGAAGGGAUGCAACGAUUUGUUCCUUAUAAACAGGCGUACCAGUACGAUCAAACCGUCAUCGAAGGAUGAAAGCAUCAGACAGUUUACUCGAUGCUUCAAGCAAGAGUUAACAGAUGUAGAUGGUGCCAACGAUCAAACCGUCAUCGAAGCUUAUAAACAGGCGUACCAGUACGAUCAAAGAGGUAUAUACGGUUCCUUGGUCAGGAUACCACCAAAGACUCUGAAAGGACUGUAUGAUCGAGUGGAAGAAUACGCUCGAGUGGAAGAUGAUUCCAAAUCUCGAGAGACAAGAUAUGUUCACAGAUCAUCCAAUCAUCCCAACGAUGGGAGGAAAGACAAGUCGAAGAACCGUUCGAACGCCCAGCACAAUGAUCGAGGUGAAGUGCGGGAGAAAAACCAAAGUGAACGAAUGCAAGCUGGAUACCAGAAAUAUCAUGAUAUGAAGCUGACUCCAUUGAACAUACAACUUGCAGAGUUGUAUGAGAAAAUCAUCAAGGAUUUGAGCCCCCCUCGUCCUUUGCCAGCAGAAACACGUGAUAAACGUGAUAAGAGCAAAUACUGCAAGUUCCAUAAAGACCAUGGUCACAAGACCGAGAAUUGUCGCGCUUUACAGAUCGAGGUCCAGCGAAUGAUAGACGCUGGAAAGCUACAAGAGUACGUGAAAAAGGAUUUUGGGAAAGGUCCUGGACAGUUUGGCACAACACAUGUGACCAACGCUCAUGUGAUUAACGUCAGUCACGCAAGGAUCCACUCAAUGACCAGGCGGUCGUCGGAAGAUGAGACCAGGAGAAAGCUCAGGCAUCUAAAAGAAUGGUACUUGACAAAUCACAUCGAUUUUGUCAGCGGCAAUGGAGCAGAAAUUCAGAAGAUUGGGUUUACAAAGAUCUAUUUCUAUGCAGCAGACAUGAUAGGUGUAUAUGGUCCACACAAUGAUGUUACUGUUAUAACUGCUUGGAUUGGCAUGUUUCGUGUACACCGGAUUCUAGUGGAUACAGGAAGCUCAGUGAGCGUGCUGUUUUCAGGAGCUUAUUCCUCUAUGAAUCUUCCACACGACUUGAUCGAGGAGGAUGAAAAUCCAAUUAUCGGUUUCAGCGGCGAAGUUACAAAGGCGAUUGGAAAAGUGAAGAUACCUAUAACAGUGGAUGACAAGUAUGUUCUAGGAAAUUUCCUGCUGCUUGACUGUAGGGCUCCCUACAACGCGAUUGUAGGUCGAGACUGGAUACAUGAGAUCGGUGCAGUCACAUCAUCUUAUCAUCAAUGUCUGAAGUUUCUUACCCCUGAAGGAGUCGUGAAAGUUAGGAGUGACCAGAUGGCCGCCCACAAGUGUCACGAGAGUGCAAUAGAAGAGUACAAGAAGUCAGAAGUUACAGGGAAUGAAACCAUGCGAGUCGAGCAGAAAUAG